CUUCCCAUUUCAGGAGUGCAGGCCCUGACCUGCUACUGGGCGACACUGAUGUCUGUGAAGAAUGCAUCGGAACUGCCCCUCCAGUGGACGGCUAGCCAGAAGCACUGUGAGGAAGGCUGGAGCUGCCAGGAGGUUCUGAUGCUGAUGGAGAACGGACCCUACGUGUACAUGGUGCUCAUCAAGGGCUGCACCCAGGCAGCCGAUCACGAGGACCUCAUCACCAAGCACAGGGCAGGCCCCGGCCUGUCCAUCGCCUCCUACACCCGGGUGUGCCGGGAGGACUUGUGCAACCACCUGUUCACCAGCCUCCCUCUCUGGGCCCCGCACCCACCCACAGCCCUGGGGUCUGUGCGGUGUCCAGUCUGCUUGUCUGCCCAAAGCUGCCGGUCUGCAGCAGAGCUGACCUGCCCCGCCGAGAGCACGCACUGCUACAGUGGGCACCUUCUGCUCCAUGCUGGUGAGCCGGACCGAGAUCUGAGUCUCUGGGGAGGAAAGGGAGCUGAGGUCUGGGACCCGGAGGGGAACCGCUCCACCCAUCUGAGAGUCCAGGGGUGCAUGUCCCAAGCAGGCUGCAACCUGCUUAAUGGGACUCAGGAAAUCGGGCCCAUCAGUCUGCAGGAGACCUGUGAUUCUGAAGCUAUGCUGACCUGUUAUCGGGGGAACAUGCUUCGGAUUUCUCAAGCCCUGGCUCAGAAACCCGUCACGUGGUCCACGAAUACGAAGCAGCUGUGUAAUCGUGGGGAGGUGUGUCAGGAGACGCUUCUGCUCAUAGAUGUAGGACUCAGAUCGCUCCUGGUGGGGAGCAAAGGCUGCAGCAAGGCCAGGACACAGGAUUCCCAGGCUAUCUCCAUACACUCGGGGCCGCCCGGAGUGCUCGUCGCCUCCUUUGCCCGGUUCUGCACUUCCGACAGGUGCAACUCGGCUGCCAGCAGCAGUGUCCUGUUGAACUCCCUCCCUCGUCCAGCUGCCCCUGCCCCAGGAGACCUGCAAUGUCCCACCUGUCUGUCCUUUGGAUCCUGCACACAAAACUCUGACACUGUGACGUGUCCUAAGGGCACCAGUCAUUGUUACCAGGGUCACAUUGCUCUCAGGGGAGGUGGGCUGAGCUCCCCAGUGGACAUCCAGGGCUGCAUGGCCCAACCUUCCAGCUCCUUAUUGAACGGUACCCAGAAUAUUGGGGUCUUUUCUGUGAUUGAGGACCGUGAUGAGGCUAUGGUGCCAGAUGGAGCUGCCCCUACCCUAGUGCCAGAUGGAGCUGCCCCUGCCCCCUACCUGGCUUGGGUGGCAGGGCUGGGACUAUCCCUAGCCCUUUGGUGUGGGGCGCCCUCCCUGCUGACCCCAUUUCCCCAUGAUUCUUAGCCCUUGCUGACCCCCUAGCCCAAACCCUCCCUCUGACCUCAUAACUAAACAGCCUUGGACACUGAAUUAUUUCCCAAUCCUCUACACGAGUUAGCACCCACACCCACCCCACGUACUGUAUGACCUGAUGACAGGGCCUCGGAGCAGCUGAACUUGCCCUGCGGGAGGGUGGACAUUCAAGCAGUGGCCCCGUGUGUGUGAAAAUAAAGACACUGUCCUUUCCCCCAAA